AAUUUGUUUAUUUUAGUUGCAGCAAGCAGCUGAAGUUUCUCAGCUGAGAGGAGCUCGAGUCAUCUCUGCUGAAGACCUCCUGUUCCUAAUGCGCAAAGACAAGAAGAAGCUUAGAAGGCUGCUUAAGUACAUGUUCUUUCGAGACUACAAAUCUAAAAUUGUGAAAGGCAUAGAAGAAGAUGACCUCAUUGAAGACAAGUUCAGCAGCAACAACACCAACAAACGGCAGAAGCUUGCUCAGGACUUUCUCAACUCCAUUGACCAGACAGGAGAGCUCUUGGCCAUGUUUGAAGAUGAUGAGAUUGAUGAUGUCAAGCAAGAGCGGAUGGAGAGAGCAGAAAGACAAACACGGAUGAUGGACUCAGUCCAGUACGCAGAAUUUUGUGAAAGUCGGCAGUUGAGUUUUUCAAAGAAAGCAUCCAAGUUUCGUGACUGGUUGGAUUGUAGCAGCAUGGAGAUAAAGCCAAAUGCGGUUGCAAUGGAGAUUUUGGCAUAUUUAGCCUAUGAGACUGUGGCACAGUUGGUGGACUUGGCCCUUUUGGUUAAACAAGACAUGACUCCUAAGGCUGGUGACCCAUUCAGUCACGCCAUAUCUGCCACCUUCAUACAGUAUCACAACUCUACUGAGCCACAUCUCUUAGGGCAGGCUGCAGGUGUGAAGACUGGCCUUGAGUCUCCUGAAAACACACCACCCCCUACGCCCACCCCACCAGCACCUGCAGGGCAGCAGCAUCUUGGAAAAACACCGUCUGGAGCGCUGGGGAAUGGAGGGAUUGGGCAGGACUCUUCCAAAUCUAAGCAGAGGAAAAGGAAAAAGGUACAGAAUGAAGAAAGAGAAACAAAUGGGAAAAGAUUUGGAGAGACAGGUUCCAGUGAGAUAUGGGUUCUUUUAAAGAAAGCAUAG